AUGCACGGUGUACUGCUAGUGGCGCUGGUUGCCAGCGUUACAGCCUUCCAAGCUAACGGCGAACCAGCCGCUAUACCAACUCAACACGCCUACCAAGAUGGCAAAACGUUACGGGUUCCCAUCAAUGAAGUAGCCACAGAAGAGUUGCUGGACAAAUGGAUGAAUCAGGCUGUGUCGGGAUUGAUGGCUGCUGUCACUUCUGCUCGGCUAGACCAAAUGGAUGAAGACGAGCGUGAGGAAGUACACCAAUGCUCAAAGCAGGCCAAUACAGUGCCAGAUCACGCGAGAUGUGUGGUGAAAGUGCUCGACAAGACAAAACCUUCAAGAAGAGUAAAGGUUGUAAAAGGUUUGUAA